GCCCGCUUUGGAUGAAACUAGUUAAGGUCGUGUGAAUGAGGUGGAUUUGAACAAUAGUCGAAAACUCAUGUUUGCUUUCAAGAAGAUUCCGCGUAAAAAAUCUGAGGAUCUUCACGAUGAAACUGACACGACUAGUAAUCGGAAUAAGCAAAAACUUUUUGUCACUAUGUUUAAAUCCAAACGAGCUCAGAUAAUUGUAUACUUGUCAAGUAGACGUUUAUGUUCCUGCUUCAUUUUACUUGGUUGUGAUACACACCUCGCAAUUUUUGGUAAAGCAAGAUUUACUCACUUAUAUGGGCCAAUGAUCACUAUAUGGGGAGGAAAUAUAGGACCAAAUCCUUCCAGCUCAUAUGAUAUUUAUUCACCCACUUCACACACUCCAUUAUCUAUUACUCAGUGCCCACUCGAAAAAUCGAAAAAUGUAAAUAAAGAUGCAACCCAGGGACUUCAAUCUUCCGAAAUCAAAGUUGCUCUAGAGAGUUUGUGUGAUCCAAGUGAUGUUCAAGUUUUGACGGAACGUCUUGGCAAAGAAAUGAGUAUCUUUCGGGACCAUGUGACUGUUUUACUUUUCAGUCCUCAUCGGAGUCGAGUCCUGGACUCACUUUCUGAGAUUAAGCGGUUCCGUUUUUUGUUUCGUCUGCCGUCAGAAGGCACUGUACCAAAUGCUUCCUUAGCUAAGUUACUUGGAUUUACUUUUCUCGAGCAUGAUGGGAGCCUUGGAUAUCAGGUCGCACCAGAAGUUUCACAUAUUUCACUGAGACUCAGCUCCAUCCCCGUAGUUGAUCCAUGUGAUGAUUAUGUAAGGAAAUUACUAAUUUGUGGUCCGAAGGGUGCUGGAAAAUCAUCUUUACUGCGUUUUUUAUCAAACAUAAUCCUUACAGAUGUGGAAUAUCCUCUUAAAGAAAAGUGUGUUGCAGUUCUUGAUUGUGAUAUUGGGCAACCUGAAUUUACUCCGAAUGGAAUUAUUAGUUUGUGUCUAGUCAAAUUGCCACUGUUUGGUCCUCCGUAUACUCAUAUUUUAUCCACUAAUGUAAAUAUUCUCCGUCAGUGUUUUGUCGGUUGCAUUACACCCUCUGAUGAUCCCAGUUUCUACUUGAAAUGCCUCAACUUUGUAUAUGAUGCCUACGUUAAUUUACCUGAACCAAAGCCGCGUUUACUAGUCAAUACAAUGGGCUGGAUGCAAGGGCUUGGAUUAACACUGCUGUUAGAACAAAUACUCUUAGUUAAACCAGACCUGAUCAUUCAGCUUCGUACAACGGGAUCUUCAAAUAAUCGCACAAACUCUCCAGAUCUAAAUAGUAGUUCAUUAAAAACUAUGGACACCUGGAAUUCACGGGACAUUUCCAACGAAACAUUUAAUCAUGAUGUGAUUCUUAUAGAAUCUGACGUCAAACUAUACAAGUGUAAUACAAUAGAUGACCCACGGUACAAUCUUGGUCCUCCUGAUCAUCGCGAUUUAAUGAUGCUGACUUAUUUUAUGUCCACUUUGGCCUGUGCAUAUACUAGCUUACCUUCUAGACUAAAAGAUGAACCUCUUGGACAUCCAGUAGCACAUCUGCUGGAUUGUAUCCCUUACCAAGUUCCAGUUACUGUUCCAUCUAAACAACAAGAUACAUGUGAAAACGUAAAUGAACAAAAAAAUGUAAUACUCAGUAGCUCUGUUUCUACAUUUGAUAUUCAGCACGACACAUUAGAAAUUGAUUCGUUAUCCACUGAUAAGAAUGAUUCGAAUCAUUUGGCCUUUCGAAUAAUGCGCCCAGAUUGUAAUCUAUUUGCAGAAAAUUACGCUUUUCCAUCAAGUGUCGAUAGUUUAUUAGCUUGUUUAAAUGCUACCCUAGUUGCCCUUUGCAUUGUACCACAACAUAAUAUAACCGAACCAGAUUCUACUUGCAUGUAUCGUUGGAUAUCAUCUAAUCCGGUUUGUGAUUGUGUAGGUCUAGCCAUUUGUCGCGCUGUUGAUCCUACUGCUGGUGUAAUUUAUUUAACGACUGGUGUUUCGGAGGAUGAUUUGUUAAAAGUGACAGGAAUUCUACGUGGUAAUGUCAACUUACCCAAUUGUUUUUUCCUAGAUCAGCCUUUCUUUCGGACUCAAGUUUAUGAAGAAACUUCAUGCUUCCUCCCCUACUUGGGUCCAGUCAGUACACAGGGAAAAGGACGUGCAGGUCUACCAUCCAGGCGUUCUUACCCUAAAACAAUGCAUCACGUCACCCAUCGUAUGGGCACUUCAGAUGUCAUGGACUAACUUUGUAUUUAUGCACUCAAAUUAAUCCUGCGAAACCUCUCUAUGUAAAGAUUUCACGUGUGUCUUUUCACCCGAAUUGCUUCAACCUGUUGUUGGUUCCUCUUUGACUACUUUUUAUACCGAAUAUAAUUUCAUUAAUAAUUCUAUACUUCAUAUAAAAAGUUACUUGACCACUUAGACGUGCUACCUGUCAUUGGUCAAAAGCUACCCAUCAGUUAUCCUCAAUAAGCUCCACUGUGGACUCUCGUUUUAAGUUGUUCCCAAGUAAUAUUCAUAGCCUGUAUGUCUUCCGCCAAUUUCCAGGGUCAUAUGUUUCUGGGUCUUGUCUCUAUUGCUUUACUUUGAGAACUCUGAGUUGGGGUUCCCCUUUUGAUGAUGUGUACCGUAAAGUUUGUUCCGUCCACCUCCAUAAUCUCUCCCUAAUUUCUUCCUCAACCGGCUUGUUCUCUCAGCAUUGGUUACUGCUUGUCUCGCCAAUGAGUUUGGAGUAUCUUGCACAGACAGUUGUUUAUGAAUACCUAAUCAUUUUUAAUGUUGAGGAAAGAUAAAGAAUUAUCAACACAAAAUUAGAUUUUAACACACAAAAACAUACCAAAAGGGUCUUACACCUUUUCUCUUUCUCAGCAAGGCGAUACUAAAGCUGUGAGUUUCCAGUUCCAUUAAUUCGUUUUACGCUUCUAUUGGAAGCAUUAAUGCAACGCCUUUUUGUAUAGAUUGCGUCCAAACACUUUCACUUAGUUCAGGUGGACCAAAGUCCUAUUAUUUACACUCUUAUUCAGAUCACUGUGAAACCCACGUCCGUACAAUUCACGUGCCGACACUAAUUGUCGUUUUGGUCGUUAGGCUUGUGGCUUACGAAGAGUCUUGCUCAGUGCCAUGAAGUGUCAUAACUCAGCCAAUGGAAGACCCCUCAAUUUUCACACAACAAUUUUAGUGGUCCUUUCUGAUUAGUUUUCUCUUAGCUAGGUUUUACAAAGUGAAGUUACUGAACUGGCAUCCAAACUUAAUCCUUCAGUCUAAAUUGACAGCGCAGUAACUUUUGAAAGGUUUCAGAGACAUACAUUACCUACAUCAAAGUAAAUCGAGAUUCAAUCACUAUAAGUUAAGUUUUCUCAUAAUGUCUUUGGACUGAAUUGUCUUUUACGCGUAUAUAACGAAACUGAAGCAGAGAUAUUCAGACAAGCAACAAAUGUAAGUCGAUUGUCACGAUAUUUGUUUGAGUUGAGGUAUUAAACACUUCUGCUUGUUUGUUAAAUUUUACCCUAAAUUUUUGGGUCGAAAUGUCUCAACUAAAGUUCAGGGUAAAUUUUAGUUUGUAAACCUUUUAGUUAUAGUUGGCUUUCGGUAUGUAGUUGUUAGGUCAUAUCAGCUUAUUAAGAUACUAAUGACCAUAAAUAUAAGUCACCAAUCUUAUUGCGAGUACACGAACACUUACAUUCUGUUCUAUAAAGUGACAAAGAUCUAUAUAUUUCCUUUUCGUGAACAAGGAUAGUUGAGUGCAGAACAUUGGGAUUCACCUAAUCUCCGUUAAAAUUUUGCAGUCAGAGCUUAGCAUCAAUACUUUGGAUUUCUUGAUCACGUUUGUAGUCUGUCUGUACGAUGAACGUAAAAAUAUAUGGAUGUUGAAAGGAAUAUGCGGGACUGUUACAAUAACGCCUGGGUCGAGUGUCGCGUUAAACUUUGCUUCUCUUGAGCCGGUAUACAUUCACAAGAGAGUUGGAUAACACUAGUCUUUCCCGUUGUAGCAUUUUGAGGGAACGGUAUUUAAAUUGUAAACAACAUCUGGUACGUGUAUGGAAGUUACCUGUGACUGGAAUAUACAGUUACAGUAAGAAUUGCGUCUAAAUUUAGGUUAAAAUUUGAUUGUCCAGCUAUCUGAAACACUAACAUGCUCAAUGCUCACAAAACUGACUAAUCUUCGUAACAUAGUUGGAUUCGCUGUUAUGAUUAUCGUUUUUUCUACCGAUUUCUGAGGUUUGUUGAAGAACUAAUCUUAGACAUACCACUUGUAUUCCGACUCAGUGAUCCAGAGGUUAAGUGUUCGCGCGCGACACAAGGUUUGGAUUCGAGUUCCGGGUGUGGGUUUCUGAAUGAACGCUAGUGAGGAGUCUUUCUAGUACGAAGUGAUUAUCUAGUUCUUCCAUAUUUCAAUUGUUAUUCAAACUAUAAAUAUUAAUUCUAAUAGUUGUAGGAAGGCACCUGCCAGCACAUCGCUGAAGGAAACGAAAACAAUAUUUUAACCAUAACGCUUAUCAUAGUUCUGAGGACGACAGCUAUUCGGUUCGCUAUUGACAAAGAAGCUCUUAGUUUUUGGAAGGUUGUGCAUAUACUGGUAGUCUUUUACGUUCAGCAAGCUAAAGUAGUCACUGGAAGUUCAUUUUCACCUCGAAGACACCUUUUCAACAAAUUAGUUCGUUCUUCGAAUUAGGACACCAUACAUUUCAUACUGCAUGUUUAAAAGCAUGCUUCCAAGCACAAUUCCAUUAAUCAGCUGCAUACUUAGAUUAGUGACUGCCUGGUUGUUAGUAAAAAUGACUCUAAACUACCAAAAAAUUAAGCAGAUUUGUCACUGCCAAUUGUAUGGAAGCAAGUCUGUUGCUUCAUGGAACACUCAAGUUUCUUCUGUGAGGGUUAGAUUAAGUAGAUUUUUUUGUAAUUAGUUUUGGUAAUGUUUGCAUUUUCAAUUCCUUCAAUAUGUACAAACAAUAUUAUUACCUGUAAAAUUGUCAAAGAAACGUGACCUUUUAAUUUUCUGAUUUGUGAACACAAAAAGACCCACUGAUUAUCGUUCACAAAUACACUGUUGUUUACAUGGGCUAUUCUACUUUCUGGACAGACCGAUCUACUCAUUCUUUUCAAGCCACAUUUUAACCUUUCCCUUACCUUAUUUACCCUAUCUUUAUAUGACUAUGUGUGUUAAUUACUUAUUCUAUUUAUGAUGUAUCUGUAACAGAUUUCUGUUUGGGUAUUUAUGUCUCGCUUGUCUUUUUCAAUCUGCUUCCCUCUUUGUUUCGUCUUCUUGAUUUCUUGUUCAAACCAAUGAGCGCAUGAAAUAUACAUAUUCAAAAUCCAUUCUC